CUCCAUUGAAAGUGGCUCCCUGGCUUAGACGCGGUGCGGGCAGACAAGGGGGCGGACCAGCCGGAGGAAAACUUGACAGAGAACAACAGCAGCCGCACCGCUGACCUCCACAGCUGACACUUUUAUCAGCGCGAGCUUCCACGGGACACACAUUUACUGCGUGUCGCUGAGUGACGUGCCAGCGGACACAGCGGAGGCGCGCCCGGUAACGGAGUAACGUUUGCAGGAAAGCGAGAGGUGAGGCGGCGGCAGAUAUUUGUAGUUGAGAAGAAGAGCCUCGGUCACAGGUGGGGACUCAGCUACAGGUAGCCUCGCGGGAGCUGUCGUGGCACGAGAUAGCUGUGAAAGCGCACGCGGGUCAUGAGGAUUUCUCCGGUCGCUGCUCGGAGCGCCGCGUCGCAGCUGUGAACGAAGAAGAAGAAGAAGAAGAGGAGGCAGAAACCAGAGGAAGAGCCUGACCACUUCUCUGCCGCUCAGCCCGAGAGCAGAGGCAGCAUGUCCCGGAGGAAGCAGAGCAAACCCCGGCAGAUAAAGCGUUCUCUUGGGGAUCUCGAUGGCGGCGAGGAAAACACACCGGACAACCUGAGCCUAUCGGGAGAGGAGGGCGGAGCCUCCGACCCAGACGAUUCUGCAGAAGGCGACAGCUCCAGUCCGCCUCCGUACACACCAUUGUACAACGAAGAGCCCAGGACGCAGGACUCGGGAGGAGGCCCGGAUGAUAAAGACGUGGAAGGGGAGGAGCCUGCGUCGACGCACAGCGGAGCAGAGGAGGAAGAGGAAAGGGAGGAAGAGCAGGAGGUUUUACAUUGGAGGGGUCCAGAUGACCUGGAGCUAAGUGAUGAAGGUGGCGACAGCAGUGUGGUGACAGUAAGAGACCUCUCUCCAGACACAGUAUGGGGCCCCUACCCAGGAAUCGUCCAAUCACAGAGCAGCACAGAUGAGCAGGAGACCGAGGAGAACUGGGGCGAUAAGGCGCGCCACCCACGGCUUUUCAAACACUUUUUGGGUAGUCUCUUCUCACUCUCUAUCUCUCUUCCCCUCUACCUCAUCUACUCUCCUCUCCACUUCCUCUUUCCCUCACUCCCCGAGAAGGACGAGUGA